CCGGGGCGGGGAAGCCGGCUCCAGCUCGGAGCAAACUUCGCAGCCGGGCGGGGGGUGGCGGGGACCCCGUCCGGAGCCGGAGGAGGGGGCGGCCGCGGGCCCUCCCGCCUCUGCGCCCGCGUCUCCCGGCACCAUGCUGUCCAACUCCCAAGGCCAGACCCCGCCGGUGCUGUUCCCCAACCCGCCGCCGCCGGCGCCGCAGCCCCCCGCCCCGGCCCAGCCUCACCCCCCGGCCCAGCCGCCGCCGCAGCCCCCGCAGCAGUUCCCCCAGUUCCACGUCAAGUCGAGCCUGCAGAUCAAGAAGAACGCCAUCAUCGACGACUACAAGGUCACCACCCAGGUCCUGGGGCUGGGCAUCAACGGGAAAGUUUUGCAGAUCUUCAACAAGAGGACCCAGGAGAAAUUCGCCCUGAAAAUGCUUCAGGACUGCCCCAAGGCCCGCCGCGAGGUGGAGCUGCACUGGCGGGCCUCCCAGUGCCCUCACAUUGUGCGCAUCGUGGACGUCUAUGAGAAUCUGUACGCGGGGAGGAAGUGCCUGCUGAUUGUCAUGGAGUGUUUGGAUGGUGGAGAACUCUUUAGCCGAAUCCAGGACCGAGGAGACCAAGCAUUCACAGAAAGAGAAGCGUCGGAAAUCAUGAAGAGCAUCGGGGAGGCCAUCCAGUAUUUGCACUCAAUCAACAUUGCUCAUCGGGAUGUCAAGCCUGAGAAUCUCUUGUACACCUCCAAAAGGCCCAACGCCAUUCUGAAACUCACUGAUUUUGGCUUUGCCAAGGAAACCACCAGCCACAACUCUUUGACCACUCCUUGUUAUACGCCGUACUAUGUGGCUCCAGAAGUGCUGGGUCCAGAGAAGUAUGACAAGUCCUGUGACAUGUGGUCCUUGGGUGUCAUCAUGUACAUCCUGCUGUGUGGGUAUCCCCCCUUCUAUUCCAACCACGGCCUUGCCAUCUCUCCGGGCAUGAAGAGUCGCAUCCGAAUGGGCCAGUAUGAAUUUCCCAACCCUGAAUGGUCAGAAGUAUCAGAGGAAGUGAAGAUGCUCAUCCGGAACCUGCUGAAAACAGAGCCCACUCAGAGGAUGACCAUCACGGAGUUCAUGAACCACCCCUGGAUCAUGCAAUCAACGAAGGUCCCUCAAACCCCACUGCACACCAGCCGCGUCCUGAAGGAGGACAAGGAGCGGUGGGAGGAUGUCAAGGAGGAGAUGACCAGUGCCUUGGCCACAAUGCGUGUGGACUACGAACAGAUCAAGAUAAAAAAGAUUGAAGACGCGUCCAACCCUCUGCUUCUCAAGAGGCGGAAGAAAGCGCGGGCCCUGGAGGCCGCGGCCCUCGCUCACUGAGCCGCCGAGCCGUCCUGCUCCGCUGGAGGACAAGCAAUAACUCUCGACCUGAGUCUGUUUUUUAAAUGAAGAGACACAGAACAAUCCACUUCCACCUCCCCUCCUCCUUGGCUACAUGGAGCCCUGAACCUCGUCAGAGGCUGAAUUCUGUCUUUGGUUCUGGCCACCCCAGAGAGGGAGAGGCUGGGUGGUGGGAGGGCGUGGAGAGAAGGGAGCAAGAGGCUCUUGAACCUGUGCUCAUUUUGCAAUUUUAACAGUAAUUUGACUUAGAAUUUUUAUGAAACUUCUUUUAUUGUUCUUUUCCCCACUUCUCCUCUCCCGCAAACCCCUUCCGCUCUCGAUACUGCAAGGGUUUGGGGUUUGUUAAAGGGUAUUUGUGGAGACUGGUACAGGGAGUGGCCCUGUGUUGUCCCAUCUGCCCUCUCUGUUUUCCCACUACAGCCUGAGGUCCCCGCUGGCUGAGGCAUUCCGGGAGCUCAAGGCCAUGGAGGGCUGGGGCCAGGAUGCCACCCACCUCCUCUACUGGAGCCCUCAGACAUCACCAGUGUGCUGGAUGGAUAGGAGUGAGUGUGAGUGUGUUUGUGUGUGUGUGUGCGCCCAUGCACGUGUGCCUGGAUCUGUGCCUGGGACUGUGCAUUUGAGGGGUCAGGGGCAGGCAGGGCUGCAGAGGGAGGGGGCCCUGCUGUGGCUCAACAACCUUCGCCCUUCUUGGGCCUGCCUUGCCCAUGCUGGGCCUACCCUGCCCAUGCUGGGCCUGCCAAAGUGCCUGGGAAGCCUGUCCAGAUUCUGAGCCAGGCCCUCCAAGGCCUGCCUCUGUUCACUGGUUCCGGGAGGUGGAGAGGAGUGACUAGGCACUGGUACAACAAUCAGGAAGACUGGACCCCCCCCCCAUCCCUAGGACCCCCACUCCCCAUUUAGUGCUGGUCCGAGUCCUCUGAGGCGGUGACCUACAGUAACCUCUCUACCUCCCUUCCCCGCCGUUAUUAACCCAUUCUUGUUUAUUUCUCUUACGUUUUUAGCCGUUUCUCCGCAGGCCUCCUCUCAGCUCACGUGUGUGAGCCUGGCCAGUUUAUAAGUGACACAAAGCUUCUGCGUUUUGAGUGUCUCUCCCGGGCUCUGGGGGCAUCGGCCAGCUACCCCUUGUGGGCAAAGGCAGCGCCACUUCUGUGGUCCUCCCGCAGUUUCCAUCGUGUGGCCUGUGGGUGGGUGGGGGAGUCUUUGCACCAAAGAUGUCCCAACUCUGCCCCUCCCCCUCAGCCACUUACCCCCAACCCCAAACAACUCAGCUUUGUGUGUACAGGCCAGUGAGGGGAGGGGAGUGGCCCCCCCAGUGUUGGUGAGGAGCAGCAUGGGGAGGGGUCCUCUGUACCAUGGUCCCUUUGGGCCAGCGGGUGGCAGCAGUACUUCAGCUUUCAUCUCCCUCAGGGGCAGGGCAGUGGGGGGCCCAGGGUCUCCUCGGGUUGUGAGGGAAGGGCUCCGAGGGUCUGUAGCGCCUCCCCGCCUCUGACAGUGUGUCCAGCACUCAGAUUGUUGUAAACUGUCGUUGUUUUGUAUAAGCGAAAUUGUCUUUACUAAACAGAUUUAAUAGUUGAAA